GAGCCAUCGCGCAAAUUAGUCAACGGAUUUUCAUUGAAAGCGCGCGCCAGACGACCGGCAAAUCCCCACAACCAUCGGAAAUGGAAGAAUCUACACACCACCCCCAAAUCCAAAUCCGCCAUGAAAACCGUCCAAAACACGACGAAGAAGAAGAAGAAGAAGACCAGAGGGAAAGCCAACUCAAAGCUUUCGACGAGACGAAAGAAGGGGUGAAAGGGCUGGUCGACGCCGGCAUAACCAAACUCCCCUCCAUCUUCAUUGCUCCCCCACAACAACAACAAACCUCUCUUCCCGACGCCGCCGCCGCCGCCGAAGAAGAAGACAUGAUUAUGAUUCCGACCAUCGACCUGGAGGGCGUUCACGAGGACGAGGCGAAGCGGAGGCGGGCCGUGGAGGCGGCACGGGAGGCGUCGGAGAAGUGGGGGUUCUUCCAGGUGACCAACCACGGGAUCUCCGGCGGGGUUGUGGCGGAGGUGAUAGGCGGAGUGAGGGGUUUCUUCGAGCAGGAGACGGCGGCGAAGAGGGAAUGGUACACCCGGGAUUUGUCUAAGGGGUUUGUGUACAACAGCAACUUCGACCUCUUCUCUGCCCCCUCUGCUAAUUGGAGGGACACUUUCUUCUGCCCCAUGGCCCCUCUUCCUCCCCAUCCCCAACAACUCCCUCCCAUUUGCAGGGACAUCCUUAUCAAAUACUCGAAUGAAGUUCAAAAGUUGGGGCGUGUUUUGUUCGGACUAUUGUCCGAGGCCUUGGGCCUCCACCCCAACUAUCUGGAGGACAUUGAGUGCAACAAGGGGUUAGCGUUUCUGGGGCAUUACUACCCCGCCUGCCCCGAACCACACCUGACUUUAGGCACGACCAAACACGCCGACAACGAUUUUCUCACGGUUUUGCUCCAAGAUGAGAUCGGCGGCCUCCAAGUUCUUCACGGCAACCGGUGGGUUGAUGUUCCCUAUGUCCCCGGAGCCCUCGUGGUCAACAUUGGAGAUCUUCUCCAGCUUGUGACGAAUGAUAGGUUCAAGAGCUCGGAACACAGAGUGCUGGCGAACGAGGUAGGCCCGAGGAUAUCGGUGGCGUGUUUCUUUACCACAAACUUGUUGCCAUUGCCGCGGCUCUACGGGCCAAUCAAGGAACUAUUGUCGGACGAGAACCCGGCAAAGUAUAGGGAAACCACUGUUAAGGAGUACGUAACACAUUUUUAUGCAAAGGGUCUCGAUGGGAAUUCUGCCUUGUUGCAUUUCAGGCUCUGAAUUUCGCUUCCCCGCUUUGUUAGUUUAUGGAAACUUAUGAAGCUUUACAUACAUGAAGGACAAAACGUCGUAAGGCAAAAUGUGAAAUUUGCACUAAAUAGGACUAAAACAUAAUGACUUCCCUAAUGUAGGACUUAAACUUUUUUAUUCCCUAAAUAUGACUUAAUAAUGAUCUAGUGGGAGGAAUAAUGUCCAAGAAUGAUGGACAUUUACUUGAAUAAUGACUACUUCAUAAUGACCAAAGGUCCUACAUUGGGAAAUAAAAACAUAUGAUCCUAUAUUGGAAAAGUCAUUAUGUUUUAGUCCUAUUUAAGUAAAUUUC